CGCACGUUCGCUUUAAAAUCUCAGUUUUCAGGCUUUUAUCGACUCUAACAGCGCCCAUCGAAAAGACACAUGGACGACGACACACUCACGACGCUGAAAAUACUAAUAAUAGGAGAAAGUGGCGUUGGGAAAUCCAGAUGUUCCAGACUGCAUGGCUGUCAUCAGCGUCUCUACUAACUGCCAGAAUAUUCCCUCACAGCCGAUGUCUCCUCUCUCCUCUCAGACAGAUAACCUGCCUCCUGUUGAGAUUCACAGAGGACACGUUCGACCCGGAACAGUCAGCCACGAUAGGUGGAUCCCAAAGGAUGACGCUCACAGUGCCAUCUUUAUUCAGCAGAGGAAGAACGGUGAAAGAGUGAAGACGUCCCAGCAGCACAGCACAGGUGUGGACUUCAAAGUGAAGACCAUCACUGUGGAUGGAAACAAGGCAAAGCUGGCGAUAUGGGACACUGCAGGACAAGAGCGUUUCCGAACUCUGACGCCCAGUUACUACCGCGGUGCACAGGGAGUCAUCCUCGUGUAUGACGUGACUCGGAGGGAGACCUUCACCAAGCUGGACAACUGGCUGAACGAGCUGGAGACGUACUGCACCAGGAGCGACCUGGUCAAGAUGCUGGUGGGCAACAAGAUCGACCGGGAAAACCAUGAGCUGGACCGGGCCGAGGGGCUCAAGUUCGCCAGAAAACAUUCCAUGCUGUUUAUAGAGGCCAGCGCCAAGACCAAGGACGGCGUGCAGUGCGCCUUCGAGGAGCUGGUGGAGAAGGUGAUCCAGACGCCCGGCCUGUGGCAGAGCGAGAACCACGGCCGGGCGGUGCAGCUGACCGACGAGGACGCCGGCGGAGGCUCCUGCAGCGGCUACUGCUCCCUGGUUUAGACAGCACACACACACACACACACACACACACACACACACACAGACACACACACACACACACACACACACACACACACCUUUUUUGCACACUUUCUAAUAACGCUGCGCUAUAAAAUGCAAAAUCCAGGCCGGCCUUCCUCUUCCUGGAUUCAGAGGAGCGACUCUCUGCCCCUCUCUUCUUACCUUGUCUGCAGUCUUUUUUCUUUUUUUUUUUUUUUUUUUUUUUUUUUUUUUGAGACCUCGAUCAAUAAUAUCAGCCGCUCUCGCUCGAUGCUCGCAUGAUUCAGCCAUGACGGAGUCCAGAAGUGAGCGCCAAAGCUCGUCAGACACAUGGCCGCGUCUCUGCAGUCUGAUGAUGGGAAUGGAAAAACCUGUGUUUGACCAAGGUUUCUGUUUGUCUCCAGCAUGCUGCUUUUUUUUUUUUCUCGGUCCAUGGAGCACUUUUGCCUUAGCGAGCACAUCUGUAUCAAUGCAGGGCCGACUCCGUCCUCCAGUGUUUGUCUUUCCUCCGUCCCCCCCCCCCCACACACACACACAGACUGUGAAAAUGCGUGCGCUCAUGGAGAAGCUGGAGGAUUCUGGGAUCAUGGUCUCCUCUCUGGUUCAGAGCAGUAUUUAUUCCCCUCGGACGUCAGCCCUUCGGGGGAGACUGGCAGUGCAGUCAGGAGAGGGACGGUCUUUGAGUUGCACGCCUUUCUAUUUUUUUAACGAGCUGCUUUAACGGAGUGAGACGCUCUGGCACUCAGCCGCUCCGACACAGAAUAUCAGAAAUAUCACUACGACAGUAUUUUCACACAGAUCUCCUCUUCUGGCCGCACAAAGGGAAAGUGUUCAGUAAUAAAGGGGGUCAGUGAGUCAUCGGGGUGUUCCCACCCACAGCGCUCCCGUCCCCGUCCCCGUCCCCGUCCCCGUGUCCCCGUCCGAAGAACGCGUUGAACCUCUUGACUUGAAAUGUCGUCGUGUAAACGGGACUUUCCAUUUACUCCUCUCUCUUUUAUAUUAACUGCAUGGGAAAUCUGCGUUGCCAUUUCUUUGUCUGUCUGGUGAAUGACCUCCAGAGGCUAUUUACGAUAAAUACUUUAACUUAUAUUUAGCUGAAACAGCAGUGUCCCGGCAUGGUGUACAGAGCAGAAGUCUGCUUUUUAAGCCGGAGCUGUUUUUGUUUAGUGCUGAGAAACCUGUGUGUCUGGUGGGAAUGUGAAGAGUGAGUUGUAAAGCUGAAUGUAUUUCACGAUGAGCCGCCCGAUGUAUUAAACUAAAUAAAACUGUUUUUUUUAAGCGA